GAACGCAGCCGAGAGUGUGUUGAACCAAAUAAUCCAACACAGAAAUGCCUAGUGUUCUAAGUGUUUAAGCAUAGCGCAUGCGCAAAAUGUGUGCGCAUGCGCGUUUGUGCGAAAACCAACUUUCAAGGCGUCCACUGGUUCCGUUGCACCGGGUGUUCUCCCAAUAUAUAUGUAUAUAUAUAUAUACACCGGAUACAGAAGUGUCUUGGAUACGAAUUAUUUCAUUUAGAGAAGCAGCGACAUGGCCGGGGAGUUGGAUCUCUCACCGCCGGAGGUUCCUGAGCCCACCUUCUUCGAGAGUGUAUUGCGCUAUGGCCUCUUUCUUGGGGCAAUUUUCCAACUGGUCUGCAUUUUAGCCAUAAUCCUCCCCACAUCCAAGAGCUACGAACAGGAAGAGACUUCAGAGCCAGCUGAAGCAAAAUCCUCUGAGCCAAGCAAAAAACCCAAAGCAUCUGCCCAGCAAAUCCGGCAAAAAGUGAAAAAGGAGAGCAAGAAGAAAAGAUAAGACUGUCUAAGAACAAGUGUGUGAGCAAUCCUGAAAAUCUUUUGGUUGUUUUAUAAAAGAAAACACAUCUAAAGGAACUCUUAUGUCCGAAACGUUUAUCAUGGACCAGCCAAACUAAACACUAAACCCCACCCGAAACUGAAGUAGAGCUACAACAGUGAUCAUAUUUACAAUACAUACUUCACACAUUUACUACCCUAUCAUAAUGCUGGUGGCUCAAUGUUUAUGUCGUAAACUGACACAUUUGAAACAAUCAUUUUUGUAAGUCUGUUGAAUUUAUGUAAUGAAUGUUUUGGAUCAUUCUGUUUACCCAGGAUAUUGUCCGAUCGUUGUUGAAGUCCCCAGUGGUCUGUGUUUUUGUGUUACAUUAGUGGAAUUGACAAAUCAAAUAUAUGUAGUUCAUAAGAACAAAAAAACUUGGCAAAAAUAAAUUUCUGAUCUCUUCUG